CGUGGCCUGGGUACAAACGGGACCUGUCCCAUCUCUGCGCCACAGUCCGGGGGAAACUGCCCUGUGCUUGUUGUCGUCCGCGUCGGAGGACUGGAAAUAAGGAGACUUCACCACUUUCGUCUGUUGUCGUGUGCCGCCGCCAAAACAAACCCCACUGAAUAGCACAAUGGCUCUGGAUGGACGUGGCCAGCUGUGCAAAUGGAUCCUCAUCUUGUUCAACAUCUUGUUCGCCUUGGUCGGGUUUGCCAUGCUGGCACUUGGCUUGUGGCUGAGAUUCAGUGGUGUAACCAAAUCAAUCUUUGAAAUGGAGAAUGACAGCCAAAGUGCAUUUGUCAUAGCUGUGAUAAUGCUGAUUUUACUCGGCACAAUGAUGCUGGUUGUGGUUUCCUUUGGAGACUAUGGCGUCUGCUGCAAGAGCAGGUGCUCCCUGCAAGUGUUCUCUGCUCUGCUGGCUGUUAUGGCUGGAGCUGAAAUCGGAGCCGGGGUGAUUGCAUACAUGAGACGUAACGCGGUUGCCUCAGGCCUUGCGGAGUUCUACAACAGGUUGUAUGUUGCUUACAUCGACGGAAGUGACGCGAGUGACAUCACUCUCAGAUUCUUCCACACCAUGUUCGAGUGCUGUGGACUCUUGGGGACGACCGUAUUUGACUUGGCUAAAGACACUUGUCCCAAACAAGAUGGGUUCCUCGCGAAGUUCACCAUACCUGCAUGCCCCCCUGUCAUCUUAGAGGCCUUUGAAGAAAGAGCGCCACUAGUGUUGGGUACUUUCGUCGGAACUGCAGCUCUUCUGAUCACUGCUCUGGUGUGCACCAGUAUAUUGAUGAAGAAGAUGAAGAGAAACCAGUACGGGGGGCCUGUGCAUUUCUCAAAUGUGCAGUACUGAUAAGGGAAUGCUGAUGACCCCCCCCCCCCCCGUCUUCAGUAGCACAAUAACAAAGCAACGCUGGAAAUAAGGAUGAGCCACGGUACUCGUUUGAAUGCAGACGACUGAUCAGACAUUUUUUUAUUAGCAUUUUUCUGACCCUUUUUCUUGUUUUACCCUUAACAUUGUUUUACUAAUAAGUUGAACCAAAUAAUAGAUUUGGCAAUACAGAGGUCCAAAGACUUACAUUUAGAGUUAACCAUUUUCCAGUUUUUUUUGUGUGUGUGUUUUUUUUUUUUUUUAAAUAGUUAAGUCAUUGUCCUGGGUGAAAUUGGUGUUCUUCCAUCAAUAUCCAUGAUUCAUCUUGUUACAAGCUGUCGGAAGCCCUGCGGCAUUUGUGCCCCAGCCCGUCGGGUCUCUUUAAUCAUUAUAGAGAUGUUCUUUGGGAUUUGAGGACGACAGCAGCCCGUCCAUUUUAUGACGUUUCUGCAGGGAAAAGAACUGCAGACAUGAAAGCAACGGGCUGCUUGUGAAUGUAAACCUUGCACUGAAGUAGAGAUCAAUAUUUUUCCCCUCUCCAUCUUAAUUCAUUCAGCUCAAGCUGUUAAUAUUGAAGCUGUGGUGUAGCACUGUUACUCAUAUUAGCACUGGUAAGUCUCGUUACGUUGCAAUUGUAACUCCUUUUGCGUGUAUGCAUUUCAAAAAUGGGACCAUUUCAAUUUAAAUUUUGCCCAUUUAACAUGUAUAAACUCUUAUUGGGUCAAAUUCCUGUGUUUACAGCUAGAAAGUGGGGGGGGGGGGCAUCUCAACACUGUUGUCAUAUCAGUUUAACCAUCUACUGCCAACAUCACCCAUGUCCAAGGAGACGUUUUCACAGGAUUGUUAAAUUGUCGCAUAUUAAAGCUUUUUUUUAUAUAUUGAGCACAUUUUAGCACAAAUUGCACAUUGCUUGGAUUGUAUUUUGUGCUUGCCAUUUUAUAUAUAUAUAUAGUUUAUAUUGAGAGAUGCAUGUCUGCUGGAAAUGAAGCGUCUCGCUAAUGGUGACAGGAAUUGUAGAUGUCCCAGUCAUAAUUACAACACUGAUAAAAUGCAUAAAUGCUCUCUAUGUUAGUUGUGAAGCAGCUUUUAAGCCAAAGCACUUUUUUGUUAUAGUUAGCUUCAGCCCCCCCCCCCAGUCCAUUAUAUUUCAGCAUGUUUCCUCACUCAGGUGCCAGGUGCCUGCUGUAUGUGCAAGAAAUGUUCUUUAGUGACCAAACCUAAGUGUCUUAAAAGGGGGGGGGGGAAUCUUGUCUUUGAAAUUUCAAAUUUUUUUUAGAAUUAUUAUUAACUGCUUGCAAACGUUCCACCUCAACAUGUACUUACUAACUGGCUCUGUGCACAACUGUAGUCCACUGACUUCCGUUUUCUACUGCAGCGGUAAUACCAGUUUCCUUUUUGUUGGCGUGUGCUAUUGACAGUGGCAUAUCUUUCGCGAUGCCUGUAAGAUUUACUUUACCACGGAUAAAUGUCAACAACAUGCACAGAACAGUUCUGUGCAUGUCGACCUGCACCUACAAGCACACAGGUGAAACGUUUCAAGUUGUACAUAUCAAGUUACGUCCACAGUUAUGAGGAUGAGUGGAUGGACGGACAGAAUUGUGGGCGUAACUUGAUAUGUACAACUUGAAACGUUUCACCUGUGUGCUGGUAGGUGAAGGUGAAGGUUUGUCGACAAUUCUGUGCAUGUCGUUGACACUUAUCUAUGGUAAACCUGGCAGGCAUCGUGAAAAAUAUGCCGUCGUCAAUAGCACAC